AACCCGUCCAGUCGACAAACGAACGGGUCGUCACAGUCGGACAACCGCGGCCACACCAAUGUAAACUCGUUUUUUUACGUUGAAAGACCGCUUUUGCGUUAACGAAGAUUGUUUUUUGAAAACGUUUUAGGAGUCUGCGGUGGCAACAUGAGAGUGAGUGAAGUCCACGCAGCAGAGUCUGUUGCCUACCUCAACAGAGCACUGGUCAGGCUGCAGGAUAUUUGGGAAGAAAUCGGGAUUCCAGAGGAACAGCGCCUACAGAGAACCAAUGAUGUUCACAAGCACAUUAAAGGUCUAUUGGACCUAAUGAUUGCAGAAGAAGAGGAGCUCAAGAAGAGAUUACUGAAAAGCAUUCAGUCAUGUCUCAAGGAACUUAAUCAUUUGUGCAGUGAACUUCAGAUGCCCCCCUUUGAGGAGGAAGAUGGCUGCACCAUGUUGCAGAUGGAGAAGAACAGCCGCACACGUCUUGAAGUGAUGAAGGAGCACAAGAAGCAAAGAAUGGAUGAGCUUAAAGGCCUCAUAGGCAAAGACCGUGAGCUGUGUGAUAUUAUGUGCACUACCCCAUUUUGCAUUGACCCAGACUCCAUCCCAUCCCUGACGCAACUUGAGACAUAUCGCACCUACCUGGAUGAUCUGACCAAAGAGAAGGAACGUCGUCAUAAUGAGUUUGUCAGCCUCAAAAAGGAGAUCGUUGUAUGCAUGGAUGAUCUGGAGCAGAGCCCAGAGACCAGUUUUGAGACGGAUGUGAUGUGUGAGGAUGAGGAGGCAUUUUGUCUGUCAAAUGACAACAUUGCUGCUCUUAAACUACUCCUCAGUCAGUUACAAGACCGCAAGGCUGAAAAUGAGCUCCGUUGUUCAGCUUUCCGCACUAAAAUCCAGGAGCUGUGGGAAAGACUUGAGAUUCCUCAAGAGGAGAGGGAGGCCCUCUCUGAGCAUAUGGUCAAGUCAAAGAAGAGAAACAUUGAGGCACUCCGGGCUGAGGUCCAGCGUCUCGAGGUGCUAAAAUUGCAGAGCAUGAAAAGAGUCAUUGAGGCUGUUAGAGCUGAGAUUGCUCUUUUCUGGGAGAGAUGCUUCUACAGCUCAGAACAGCAGGAAGCUUUUGUUCACUAUCAUGAUGAUGAUUUCACUGAAGACCUUCUCAACCUGCACGAGGCAGAGGUCAGGACCCUGAAGAAGUGCUACGAGGACCACAGAGAACUCUUUGAGGGAGUCAGAAAAUGGCAGGAGAACUGGACCUUGUACUUGGAACUUGACAAAAAGGCAAAUGAUCCCUCAAGGUUCAACAACAGAGGUGGGAACCUUCUGAAAGAAGAGAAGCAGAGAGCUGACCUGCAGAAAAGUCUGCCUAAGCUGGAAAAGAGUCUCAAAGCCCAAAUUGAUGUUUGGGAGCAGGAGCAUGGCAAGGAAUUCCUGGUCAAUGGACAGAAAUUUCUUGAGUACGUGCAGCAGCAGUGGGAGCACCACCACGCUGAAAAGGAGAAAGAGAAACUGGAGCGGCAAAUGAAGAAAACUAAACAGAUACAGGAGGACAUGUUAUAUGGAACUUCAAUGAGAACACCAUCCAAAAGGCGAGUAGCAGGGACUCCCACACCGGGGAAAGUAAGAAAGCUCAAUGGCACCUCAACCAUCUCCACUCCGAACAGCUUCCUCAGUUCAGGCCUCGGUGGAACCAUGUGCCAGUCCUCCAUCCAGAAACCUCCUCUGUCUGCCAGCAAGGGUCUUGGACUGCGAACCCCUGGACAUGGAAAGACUCCCCGUGCACUAGACCGAAACAAGGAAAACAUCUCCCAUCUUAGAAACACUCCAAGUGGCACACUAAGGUCUCAGGAUACUCAAGAUCACACCUUCACCUUUAACUCUGUUGCUGGCUCCUAUUCGGAAUUUGCGAGAGACCUCUCGAAGGCUUCUAAAUCAAACGUGAAGUCAGGAGUGUUGAACUCCACUGUCAGUCAUCAGUGAGGGGUCCAAGGAGCCAGAAGUCAUCCAGCUCAGCGGUAGUUUCAAAUGAUGGGCAAGAGGGAACUUUAAUGUAAACUUCUUUCAAAAAAUGUAAAUAUUUCAAUCUGUGUGAACAUCUUCAGUCUCCAUCUAUCCUAUUGUUUUUAAGACUUCAUUUCAGGUUCACUGCUGGAGCAGUUUUCUCUGCUGUAUGUAUUUAUGAGGCAGGUUAACGCUGUUUGUACCGAGGCUGUCGUGGCUUUUUAUUUUACAUUUUUCUUUUGGGGGCACAGCCUUUUCAGUGAAACGUUAACCAUAUCUAGAGCACUACUUUGUUUAUAGUACUGUAGCAGCUAGCCAACACACCACAAUUGUAUUCUUCCAGCUGGGAUGACAGCUACAUUUGCUCUUCAGAAACUAAAUAUUUUGAGUGCUUUUUUUAAAAUCACGCUGUAAAUAAACAUUUUAAACAAA